CACAAGGCACUAGCAAUUCUCUAGGGAUCCAAUCAUACGUCAAUCGCGUCGCAGGUGUAAUUGUGUCCUUUCAAGAAACAUUCUUAACAAUAGUCUAAGUCGUUUCUGGCCUCUGCCGGUCAACAUAACAGCAGCAUAACAAGCUACCUUUAGUGAAUCCCUUGUAUAGGCUCAGUUCCUACAUGAUUAUUUAAGGUCUAUCCGUUGACGCGAUUACGCCCCAUUCGUUUGAAAAGCCUUAGGAGCUUUGCUCCCUCCAAGCAACCAUGCCGUUAAACAUCUUCCGAGUCCUGGGAGACUUCUCCCAUUUAGCGUCCAUCGGGAUCCUCUUACACAAGAUGAUCGAGCUCAAUGGCGCUUCUGGUAUCUCGUUCAAAUCACAAGCCUUGUAUCUAAUUGUUUACGUUACCCGAUAUCUAGAUCUCUUCAGCACGUCGAGCAUCUACAACAUCAUCUUCAAGAUCCUCUUCAUCAGCAGCCAGGGCUACAUCAUCUACCUAAUGACCACCAAGUACAAGCCGACCAUCGAUCCGAGCCAAGAUACCUUCCGCGUCCAAUAUCUUCUGGGUGGUGCUGCCGUCCUCGCGAUUCUCCUGCCGUAUAAGUAUACGUUUUCGGAGAUCAUGUGGGCGUUCUCGAUCUGGCUUGAAUCCGUGGCCAUCCUUCCCCAACUGUUCAUGUUGCAGAGGACCGGCGAGGCUGAGGUCAUUACCACCCACUAUCUCUUCGCGCUCGGCAUCUACCGCACUCUCUACAUCCCCAACUGGAUCUACAGGUACAUCACCGAGCCCGACCACAAGGCUGACUGGAUCGCCAUCGUCGCCGGUCUCAUCCAGACGGUUCUGUACAGCGACUUCUUCUGGAUCUACUACAACAAGGUUCUCAAGGGCAGGAAGUUCAAGUUGCCUGUAUAAGCGCUUUCGUGCGCAUCUUGCUCCCCACUACGGUGGAUGAAUAACGUCUUUAGUGUCUCGAUGUGGUCUGGAUAUUGCCGUGUCUACAAGAUAGUCACAGGUCUAGCCCACAAGCGACGCCGGGCCCGGGCAAGUACCGCCCAGGUCUAACGGGCAUGAGGUUGAGGAGGGUGGUUCGGAUGAUGUCUUAGUAUCAGAACAUGUCUUCACGGCGUGUCGGUGUGCAUGGCUGGCGUUAGGUUAGGCGGGGGUUGACGGUUUCUCGGCCUUAAAGUGCUUGGCCGUAGGGAGUCUUGCUCUAGGCUUGAUGUAACUGUACAUAAAAUUUGCGUUCUAAGGUAAUGAACAUUAUUAUGCUGGACUUACUAGUUUCUGAGUACUAUAACUGAUUUGUUUGGUGUUGAAUUACAACUAUGACUUUAGAGAUAACUUUGUGGACGCUCAUAAUCUAGGAAAUGAGACGCGGUAAAGUUGCUUGUUAGAUGGUAUAA